AUGAAAGAUGAAGAACAAAGCUCCGAAAGAAAUCUACAAUCAAGGAGACCCAACAGGUCUUCUUCGCAAGGCAAUGACGACACUCCUCAAGAUAGGGAGCAGCGAGUCCCGAACAUUACGUUGGCUUCGGCGUUAGCAAUUUCUCUCCGACGAUCCGGAAACCCUGGCGAAUCGAGCAGUUUUUUAUCCUCGCCAUGGAUUUUCCAUCCGGCACUGUUAAAUUCGGGCGGUUCAUCGUCAUCUUCUAUUCCCGCGGUCGGUAGUAUGAUAUUUGAACAGCAAUCGUCGAGAGCCACACACGAACACCUUCGCACUGUCGCUCGGGAUUCGGCGCAGUCGCUACAGGACGGCAGGAGAAACAUUGUCGAAGUCACCAGUAGCUAUGUCCCCGCACCUCCUUCGAGCAACUUGGUGGAAUCGACUUCCGAAGAAAGUACUGAUUGGCUUAGUGAAGCGUGGACCAGAGGUGAAGAAGGAAGCCCGUCUUCGGCUUUGUACCCCCGAAGACCGGUGUCAAGUCCUUUUACCAAUGACAUACCCUCUAUCGAUAUUCUUCGAAGGACCCGGCCAGAAGGGCGACAAAGUUUUCCGGAUACAGCCCCAGAUGACGAGAAAGGAGAUUCUGAGGAUGAGCCGGAAUGUCGUCCGGCCCAAUAG